CCCAACCCAAGGCCUUCGCUGUCCCUAGUGACCCCCAAGCAGCCCGGUGUCCUCUCUCCCCGAGAGCCCGUUCCUGGAGCUCACAGUAGGACUGAGGAUCUCCUGACAGAUAGGAUCUAGAAUUAGCAACUAUGAGUUCCCCUCUGGCCUCACUUUCCAAGAUUCGGAGGGUGCCUCUGCAGUCGGAUGUCCAAAACACAGGGAGGCGAUCAUUGCCUUCUCGGAUGAAAGUCUUUGGUGAGGAAGAGGAUGACUUGUCAAAUGAUGGACCUAGUUCAGAAGAUAGGAUUCCAGGCUGCACCAGAGAAAAGCCCUUCCUUCUGGGAAGAUCUGGGUCCCUGCCCUAUGACGUGGGCCUGGUCUCCUCUUUGGUGAAGAGGUUAACUGAACUGGAACAAAAGGUGAAGAAGCAGGCUGAAGAAAUCAACUUCAAGGACCAGUGGAUCAAAAGCCUCAAGUUGAAAAUCAAAAGCCUGCAGCCAGACAAAGAAGAUCGAAGAAGUUUAACCCGUACAGAAGAACUGGAAGCCAAGUGUCAGCACCUUCAGAAUCAGGUCCAUGAAAUGGAGCGAUUUCUGAAUGACUAUGGACUGGAGUGGGUAGGAGAACCAUCAGAGACCGAAAUGGAGAUGGAAACGGACUUAGAGGCAGAGAAGUGGACACUCAAAAAACUCUGGAAGCCAGGAGAAUCCACGGUGCCUGCUCCCACGGUGGACUGUGAUGAGCUGCUGGAGAACCUCCGAGAUCUGAGCCUGCUGGCCGGGGAGGGGCAGUCCUUGGUACACACCUCAUCCAGCAUGGCGAUGCUCAAGACCCCAGAGCCAGUGCCCCUGACGUUAUAUCAGAAUGGGAUCAUCAUGUUCAACGGGCCCUUCCGCCCCUUCUCAGAUGUCUCCACACAGCAAUGCAUCCAGGACAUCUUAGAUGGCUUCUUCCCUUCAGAGCUGAAGAAAAUUUACCCCAGUGGAGUCCCUUUCCAGGUGACAGACCUGCGCAAUGUGGUCUACCAGGAGAAGCAACUUCCUGAGGUCUUCUCAGGCCCCGGGUAUGUGAUAGGAAGAAUGAAUUCUAAGGAGACCAAGAAGCUGAAUGACCAGUCAGCAACCAACAACCCCUUUCCUUUCAUGGGGAACUCCUCCCAAACUUCCACAAUCACCAAAGAGCGGUUUCUGAAAAAGCUUCCUAAAUUUGUGAUCCGCCACGGGGAGGUGAUUGAAGUCCGGGAACCCAUCCGGGAAACGCUGGAGGGCUGCUCAGGGCCCCAGGAGAUCUUGGUGGAGACUGAGAGGCUGAGGCAGUCCUCCCUGGAGGUUCCCACCGCCACUCUACGGAUCAAGUCUGAGGAUGGGGAGCAAACAUUCGUGCUGCCCCUGUCGCCUGCAGACACCAUUGGGGAGGUCAGACAGUACCUUGCCCAGGCCAGGGACAUGGACCCAGCCACAUUUGAAAUCUUCACUGUCUUCCCACCCACCGUGUACACAGAUGAUUCAAAGACACUGCAGGCCUGUGGGCUGGUGCCCAAUGCCAUCCUGCUUCUUCGGCCCCCCAGGACUCCACACCCAGCUCCCAGUCUCUAAUAAAACACAUUUCCCCAUCCACUUUGGGGACUCUGAAA